AUGGGAAUUUGCAAGAAUGGACCGAAAUCGAUGAUACCUGUGUGCGAUAAUAUGAAUCAAACUCAUCGCAGUCCUUGUUCGCUUGCUUUAUUUAAUUGCAAACGAAUGAGUUUGCAUGAUAGUCAUUCUAGAAUUUUGGUACACGUCGGGCCAUGCAAUAUAAACUCACCUGUCUUCACCUUUGAAGAGGAAGAUGAAGCUAAUGCUUCUUUUUUGUACGCUUUGACGGCAUGCAAUCAAUCAUCGAUCACUAUAUCCGUUGACGAACAAAGUGAAAGGCCUAUAAUCGAUAAGCAAAUUGCAUGUGCAAAGCUUGGAAGUUGUAAUGGGACGAGACAGGCUGUAUGCGACAGCAAUGGCCAUUGGCAUCGAAAUCAGUGUGCUUUUUUACGGGCACAGUGCAUCGCUAUGCAAAGUGGACAACGGCUCUCUUUGGCUGAUGAAAAAUGGUGUUCUACCAAUAGUGAAAAAAAAGAAGUCAAGAAAGGUCAAAAUUCAAAAAGUCACUCUCAACGAGCAUCACGUCGCUGUUAUCGCCAAUGUGCGGAAAAUCUUGCAUAUCAACCGAUAUGUGCGACAACUUUUGUGACUUAUCCGAAUAGAUGUCUAUUUUUAAAUGCAAAAUGUCGAGAUAAAAAUUUAGGGCAGCUUUAUUAUGGUGAAUGUCGAGACUGUAUGGCUUCAAACUGCAAUGAGACAGUGGGAGAGACGGAAUCGGAUUCUAAUUUUGUGUGCGAUCAAGCUGGACGUACGAAGAAAAAAUGUGAAUUCGAAAUGUUGCGAUGCAUUUAUGAACGAAAGUUUGGCUACAAUAUUACCGCCGCAUAUAUGGGACGUUGCUGUCCAACCGAAGAUACAUGCGAGCAACCUUUUGACGAGAAGGGACAGUUGAAGUUACAGAAGGCAGUUUGCGAUUCGCGCAACAUCACUCACUCAAGUCGCUGUCACUUCGAGGUGCAUAAAUGUCGAGAAGAGAAAAUUACACAUCGCAGCAUAACUUUGCUGAAUGAGGAUGGUGGCUGUUCUGCGACAUUCAUCCCAAACGACAAAAAGUUACUUGAAGAUGUAAAUGAAACAAUGAAAUGUAAUGAUGGCAUUGAGUGUGACACAAAUUAUGAACCUAUUUGUGGAACGGAUGGAAUUACGUAUGUCAAUCGAUGUCGUUUGAUUAGAGCACGAUGUCUUAACAAAACAUUGUUGAUGGCAUAUAACGGCGAAUGUUGUACGAAUCGGUGCGAACAACAUUGGGCUCCUGUAUGCGAUAAUCAAAAUAUUACCCAUUUAAAUUUAUGUAUGUUCAGCAUACAAAACUGCACUGCUGUGCGACGUGAUGGUCAAUCAUUAAGCAUCGUCCGCUAUACAGCAUGUCCCGAUGAUGCGUGCAGGAUGCAAUGCAAGCGAAAUGAUUACCAACCUGUUUGCGCUUCAAAUGGCAUAACAUAUCAAAACGAAUGUGAAUUAAACGGUGCAAUUUGUGGGCUUAACAAAGAACGCAAUCGAUGGGAUUCGAUGAGAAGCGAAGAAGCGAAAUUAGAACUUGACUACAGAGGAGAAUGCUGUGAGGAAAUGACUAGAAAAUGCAAUGAUAGCGAUAAUUUAUCACCAGUUUGUGAUAGCGAGGGUUACACACAUAAUAAUAUUUGCGAAUAUGAACGAAUGGCGUGCCUUUCACGGAAACGUUUCCGGACAAAUCUAACAAUUCGAUAUUGGGGUGAAUGUUGUGUGGAUAACUGUCAACAUGAACAAUCCGGAAUGACACUUUGUGAUGACACACAAACAACUCAUCAUAGUUGGUGCAAGUUUAGAUUGGCACAGUGUGAAUCACAUCGUCGCAACAAUCGCACACUUCAAAUGGCAUAUAUGGGAGAAUGUUGUGCGGUAUCAUCUGCUGAUAAUUGCACUGAUAGUGGGCCUAUUUGUGAUACUGAUGGUACAACUCAUCCUAAUUUGUGUAUUUUUCGGCAUAGACAAUGCAUAAUGAAUCGAACGCAGCAGAAAUUAAUUAAAAUAGCUUAUUAUGGUAGGAGUAAUGUGACACUAUCACUCUCUAAAUGUCAUCGAAAUAUAGAAUCAGAAUUUUCGAGUACUGUGAUGACGCAUCGAUUGUAA